AGGUCCUGGAAGGAAUAUUUACACUAUACAAUAUAAGAAAUAUACAUAAAAUUUAAGAAGGAAGAGGCGACUAUGGGUUAUCACACUAAGAGCAUCCUAUCAGGGUGGAGGAACUCUGACUUUGGGGACCUACCACACAAGGGCUCUGCAGAUCUCUCUGAGCUCCACGCUCUGUAUUUUGAUGUACUCGCUUCUUCAGACACCAACCCCUUGUGCAUUGUAUCACCUGAAUGUGAACUGUACACCUGGGAGGAGAACAAGAAUACAGAGGACAGUUGGAGGGAAAACAUUUCUGUUACCCAUGUGACUUGCACAGACAUCAGAGAUGAAUUCCGCGCUACGAGUUGGGGACUGAGAAAUAUCUAUGAAGAGGUGUCUGGAAUUUUUGAAGCAGAAGGCGAGAUGCAGUUUUUAGGAAAUCGUGGGAGCUCCGCUACAAAGUCUCAACAAAGAGGCGACAAUUCUGUACAGAGAAGCUUCACGCCUGUCACUUCUGUAAAAGAAGAGAGAAGUUGUUCAUCUAUAAAGACCCAGCAAAGAAGUAACUCACCUGCCAGGUCCCAGCAGAGAAGUUCCUCUCCUGCUAAUUUCCUGACUAGAGGUUCCUCUUCUGUGCCAUCACAACAGAGAAGUUACGCCCCUGUAAGAUGCCAGCAAAGUAGUUCUCCUGUACGACUCCAGCAGAGAAGCUCCUCUGCGGUGUGGUCACAGCAGACAAACUCUUCUCCUGUACAUUACCAACAGAGAAGCUCUUCUCCUUCACAAAUCCAGCAAAGCAGUUCUUCUCCUGUAAGGCUGUAUCACAGAAGCUCUUCUAUAGGAUCCCAGCAAAUAAGUUCCUCUCCUCCAAGGUCUCAACAGAGAAGCUCUUCUUCUGUCAGUUCCUUGCAGGGAAAUUCUUCCCCCCUAAAAACGCAGCAUAAUGACUAUUCACAUUUAAGAUCCCCACAGGGAAUAAAAUCUCCCACUGAGUUCUAUCAAAGGACUUCCACAUAUGUGAGAGAAGAGCAAAGAUGUGCUUCUCCGGUUAGAAUUCAGCAAAGAAGUGCCUCUCCUGUAAGAACACAAGGAACCUCCAAAUUUGGAACACAACAGAGAAGCACAUCUCCUGCUAGAACACAACUUAGAUCUACAUCACCAGCUAGAACUCCACUUAGAAGCACAUCUCCUGCUAGAACACAAUUUAGGUCUAUCUCACCAGCUAGAACUCCACUUAGAAGCACAUCUCCUGCUAGAACACAAUUUAGGUCUACAUCACCAGCUAGAACUCCACUUAGAAGCACAUCACCUGCAAGAACACAACUUAGGUCUACAUCACCAGAUAGAACUCCACUAAGAAGCACAUCUCCUGCCAGAACACAACUUAGGUCUACAUCACCAGCUAGAACCCCACUAAGAAGCACAUCACCUGCUAGAACACAACUUAGGUCUACAUCACCAGCUAGAACCCCACUAAGAAGCACAUCUCCUGCUAGAACACAACUUAGGUCUACAUCACCAGCUAGAACUCCAAGAAGCACAUCACCUGCUAGAACACAACUUAGGUCUACAUCACCAGCUAGAACUCCAAGAAGCACAUCUCCUGCUAGAACACAACUUAGGUCUACCUCAUCCGCUCGGACUCCAAGAAGCACAUCUCCUGUUAGAACACAUCCUAGGUCUACAUCUCCAGCUAGAACUCCACUAAGAAGCACAUCUCCUGCUAGAACACAACUUAGGUCUACAUCUCCAGCUAGAACUCCACUAAGAAGCACAUCUCCUGCUAGAACACAACUUAGGUCAAUCUCACCGGCUAGGACUCCACCAAGAAGCACAUCUCCUGCCAGAUCACAAUCAAGACUUUCUUCAGCUUUUAGAGAGCAGCAGAAAAGUGCAUCAUCAGUCUAUCUUAAGAGAAGCCCCUCUCCGUCCCCAUCACAUCAAAGAACCAUAUCUGAUGUGGGCCACACUUGGAAUGUCAGUAGAAGAUCUUCAGCACCAAAAACAGUCAGUACGGAAUCCAUUCAUAAGACCGGUCCUCAGAAAGGGCAGGUGGAUGUCAAUCAAUACAGGACUACGUUCUCCAGUCAUGGACCAUCAAGGGCAGGUCAAGAUCCUACAACCCUUGGGGUAAGCCACAGGCUUACAUCUUCCACUAGCUCACUCGAUUCAGAAUGUAGUCAGCGAGGAAAUCGAGCCCAUUACACUGCUAUGGCUGACAUCCCACGAGCAAAGCGCCUGAGACCUGACUUGGCCACGCUUAAUAUGAAAGGCCGAAAACGUAGUCCAGGGCAAGCAGAGAUCGAGAGAAUAUUUGGACAGGAACGGAGGACAGCAGACGCCCUUGAAGCUUUUCAGGCACUGGAGGCUGGGUUAAUAGAAAGUCUUUCUGGGAAAUAUUCAUUGAUGGAGCAGCGAAGAGCUCGCCGACAAUCCACCCCUUGCCUAUAUCCAGAGGAAUCUGUGCGGAUGAGACAGGAAUUACAGAUGAGGAGAGCUAGUCUUCAUCCACCCCCAAGGACAGAUAUGGGGUUCAGUGGUUCAAAAGUAACAGAAACCAGAAGCGGGGACCCCUUCUCAUACCAUACAGGAGCUCAGGGACGAAAAGCAUUCAAGGAGCCUGAAUGGAUGAAUCGGGAUAAAAUACUGAGACCUGUGGGAGCACAAGAUAAGAAAGAAGGAAAGUUGGACAAAAACACUGAACUAGCCUGGAAAAAUCGUGAGACCUUCCUAAAAUCGACGCCCACGCCGGUGGAGGCCUCACAUGAACAUCAGGGUUCUACAAAUUAUCGGAGCAGAGAGAAUUCUCAAGCAAGCAUCUCAAGAACAUCUGCAGAGCCCACAAUUCUCCACUUUGGCAGCUCACAAUACCAAAAACAUGAGAAGUCACAAAAGGUGGAGCAACAGUAUAAACCAUCACCUAUUAAUAACCCCCAGUCCCAUUAUAGUGGAUCUAACCAUCCACACCACUCACAGCAUCGCCCAUCAUAUGGCUCUCUUUUAGAGAAUGCUGUAAAGGAGUAUACUCAAGCCAACUCUAUACAAGAGGCAAAAAAUGUAGGGUGGUCCCAGUACAAGCCCGCAGGGCCACUUUCAUGCCACACACCAGAGCCACAGAAACAACAGUUUUUGGGCUUUUCUGAAAUUGAAAAUGUACCUCUAAAAACUGAAUUAAAGGCGGCUGGAACCCAAACAGAUGGAGAAAUGUCCAAAAAUGGGUCUGCCCCAUGUGUACUAUCACCCCAGGAAUCUAAUAAUAUAAAAUCACAGGCUGAGCCCUUAUUAUCAGACACUAAACAACAAACUGUUCGAGAUCCAUCUUUAUUGCGACCAGAAUCUGAAUGCAAAGCUUACACUCCACCAGAAACUACGAAAAGGGAACUCCAAAGGCCACAAACACCCUCCUCAAAUUCCAGCAGUUCUCAGAAACCAUAUGCACAUUCAGAGGAACCAAAUCCUUAUAAUCGUAAGGAAGUACGAAAAUCUAGUGCAUCUGAGAUCAUCCGUAAGGACUCUACUGGUUUAUCAUCUAGUUGUUCACCAUCUAAGACACCAUCUAGGACUGAAUCUUCAGUGUAUGACAGUCCUGAAUGGCAGCCUUCUAAAACUGAGGAAUCACGAAAAGGAAUGACUGAAUUAAACUAUAGCGAAGACACUUAUGAAGAGAAAAAUGUACAACAAUCACAUCCACCACCAUCAAAUUCUUCUCCAGAACAAGCAGACAGUGACCCAGAACCAAAAUAUCAUCCAGGGGUGUCUCUGUAUAAGCCUGCAGGUCCUCUUUCUUGCUACAGACGAGAGCCACAGAGUCAAAUCCUUGUAGAUUGGUAUAGUGGCACUGAAACACCAUUGUCAAAAGUUGUACUAAAACCAACAAGAUCCAUUAUUGUCACCUCAGAAUCUGCAAAACAAAAUGAUAGCAAUGAUUCACAAGAUGUGGAAACACUAAAAGAGUCUAGGUCUCAGAAUGAUUGUCCAGCAGAAGAUAGAAGUAGGCCUCAUACUCCAUCAGAACACUUGAAACCAGAAACUGCAGAGCGACAAGUGACUCCUGUAAAAACCUUUCAGAAAGAUUAUCCGAACUCUCCUUCACCAGAACACAUUUUCUAUGACUGGAAGGGAUUAGACUUAGCAGAUGCUUCUGAGGUUCUCCAUAAUGAAUCCCUACACUAUAAGACAUCUAAUGUCAAUGAUAAUUCAUCACUUUCAGAUACUAAAACUGAAAAGCCACUGACUAAAGAAAUUAGACACUUCCAGCACUAUGACUAUUCCCCUGCUGAUAGCAAUACUGCAGAAUAUGAAGAAGCCUGUGACACGGACAUGUAUCUCAACACCAUGGGCAAACACGUAAAGCCCGACCUGCUGAACUUCAAGAAGGGAUGGAUGUCCUUGCUGGAUGCAAACGGAGAGUGGAAAAAGCACUGGUUUGUCCUAACCGAUUCCAGCCUCAGGUAUUACAGAGACUCCAAUGCUGAAGAGGCAGAUGAAUUAGAUGGAGAGAUUGAUCUCCGGACUUGCACCGACGUGCCUGAGUUUUCUGUACAGAGGAAUUAUGGAUUCCAAAUUCAUACAAAUGAAGGCAUAUUCACACUUUCCGCCAUGACAUCUGGUAUAAGGAGAAACUGGAUUGAAGCACUGAGAAAAAAUGUCCACCCGGUUUCCAUCCCCGAUGUGACCAAGCUGUCAGAGAGCAAUAAGGAAAAUACUUUAGUUUCCACACGACUGAAUCAGAGGCCAGAGGAACUCAGGCUUAGUUCCGAAGUCAGAACUAGAAAAGUGGAGCUGGCAGGAUCCCGACAUGGUUCAUUUGAUUAUGUGGAGUUGUCACCACUGUCCCCAGGAGAAGAGCGGGAUCAGAAAUCUGAGGAGCGCAGACGCUGGUUUGAAGCGCCCCCUGGAGGAGACUCCUCUUCUGCACGUCGUAUUACACAGACACCUCUCACAGAGGAGCUAAAACAACGUCUCAGUGAAGACAUUGAGGCUAAAUGGAAGGAACUAGAGAGGCUACCAUUACGAGAAACAAAACAGACGUCCCUUACCUGUUUGCUUGGUGGAAGCAGAAGCAAAACUGGAGGAGAAAACACAGCCGCACUUGAGAAACAGAUACAGAGCUUAAAGAUGCAGCUGGAGAAGGCUCAGAAGGGUGGAGGUGAGACGGCUUUACCCCAUGGUUAUAUAUCUCAGGAGUCGUGUGAACACAGUCUGUCACAGAUGGAGAAAUCACACAAGCAGCUUUUGUCUGAACUCCAGAGACACCAUGAAUGGGAGAUCCAGAGACUGCGGCAGGAGAAGGAUCAGCUGCUGGCAGAGGAGGCUGCAGCCACGGCAUCUGUGAUUGAAUCCAUACGGGCUGCUCAUAAGGAAGAGCUCCAAAGAGAAGUAGAGAAGGCUCGGACGUUCCAACAUGGCGGAUCCUCUACAAACGAGAUGCUCCGGCGGCAGCACCAAUCUGAAAUGGACGCCUUAAGACGGGAGCUGCAGACUUUGUCAGAACGUUACUCACAGAAGUGCUUAGAGAUUGGAUCAAUGAACCAGGCUGCCUCAGAGCGGGAGAGAGAACUGCAAAGAUGCCAGCAGGAAGGACAAGAACUUCUGAGACAGAAUCAGGAAUUAAACAACCGACUUUCAGAAGAAAUUGCUAAAUUGCGGUCGUUUAUGGCCGGCAAUGGACCAAGUGAUGGUCGGUUACAUGCAGGGGAGAGGAACACAGCUGAACUGGAGGUUUUACUGCGAGUGAAAGAGAAUGAGUUGCAGUAUUUAAGAAAAGAAGUCUCCUGCCUGCGAGAUGAUCUCCAAAACAUGCAGAAGGAUAAACGGUAUGCAUCAGAGAAAUACAAAGAUAUUUAUGUAGAGCUUAAUAAUAUUAAAUCUCGGUCAGAGCGCGAGAUCGACCAGUUAAAAGAACACCUGCGACUUGCCAUGGCAGCUUUACGAGAAGAAGCGGCAAUGCGCAACAGCGUUGGAGAGUAACGGUUCAUGCUUUGCCUCUGUUAUCAUGGAGAUGGAUCUCACGCACGCCGACAACAUGACAUCACCGAGUCUCCACCUUGCGCCACACAACUGCUCUGUUUUAUAUGUGAAUCACAGAAUUUUAUACAACUGGUUAUUAUUAUUAUUAUUGUUGUUGUUUAUUAUGUUAUUAUAAAUGGGGAUACUUCCAAGUUUCCCAGACGGUGGCACAAGGUCAUAUAGCUCUAAGUUUGGUGUCCACAGGUCUGGAGCAUUCUAACAUAUUCUACCUUCUACUGUUAUGUAUGGGGACAUGACUUCACCGAUGUGGAUGUGCGAGCAGGAGGAGGGCACAUGUGCUGGGAGUGGUGAUAGGGACUGGCAAGGGUUGAGCUAUGAUACUGUAAGUGCACUGAAUGUGAACACUGCCGGUAAAGCUAGCAGGCUUCUACCAAGUGGGAAACGGUUUACAUCACAGGGACUAAAAGAAUAGAUGUGUAAAAUAUUUUAUUUUCUAUAUAUAGGAAAAAGCUUUUUACAGAUGUGCACUGUAAGGCUGGGAGCUUUGUACUGUGGCUGAAUGUAGAGUAGUGCCCAGUAUGUGUGUGGAUUCUAGUUCAUAUGUGUGGACACUGUAUGGUUCUGAAAGGUGAAAUUGAGUACUAAAUAAAUGGACCAGCAAUGUGAAGGUUUGACACAAUUGCAUUAAAGGGGUACUCCACCCCUAAACAUCUUAUCCCCUAUCCAAAGGAUAGGGAAUAAGAUGUCAGAUCGCCGGGGUCCCGCUGCUGCAGCACCCCGCUAUCAUUACUGCGCAGAGCGAGAUCG